AUGAGUUCCGAAUUAGAGGUUUUAAAAAAAAAGGUCUCAGACUUACAAGAGCUGGUCCAGAAGCAGAACUUGCUUAUCUCCAAGACUGGUAAGAAUGUGCUAGAGUUACAAAUUGCAAAACAAAAAAGUGAUGUGGACAAUUUUGGUCCUUCUAGGGCACAAGUAACUGCUCAAUUCGAUUCCACCGAUUUUGCCACUAACGAUGAUUUAGUUCAAUUGGUUGCCGAAUUACAAGGUGAGUUGAACGUGAUAGAGGAGAGAUCCAUCAGAAGGUUGGUCAACUCUACUAAGACUGAUCAAGAUGCUACUUUGGCACCUAUACCCAACGCUGAUGGGGAAGCACCAUCUCUAACAGAUGAAAUGUUCCCUCACACACUAAAAGAAUUUGAGGAAAUGGAUGAUAUUCGAUUGUACAGACUGGCCAAGUUUUAUGAAAAAUUGCCUUUGACUAUGAAAGAACAGGAAGAUUUUGACAAAGUUCUAGAAGGUAAGGUAGAAGAUCUACACAUCAGUAAACUAUCUGACGAAGAUAUCACCAAAGAACUGAAGAAGUUAUCAAAGGAUGAACUAGACGAUGCUUUCAACGAUAUCGCAAGAUAUCUCGGAUUGCGCUCAAGAAGAGGCACAGGUAUCUGGUAA